GAUCCCACGCUAACAGUAUCAAAGUGGGUACAAUAAGUGCAGUUAGUCUAACAAUAUAGCAAGAUGUAUCUCUUAGUCGGUUUUUGGGGACUACUUCUGGCAAUAUGUAAAGUUCAUGGAGAGGAACCAAAUGUUGUAUCAGGAGGAUCUGCGUCUUUUAAUCGCAAUCUCGCAGUUGGAUACAAUCCUUACUAUACCUCGGAAAAGGCACAAGUUCCAAUUUUGAGUUACUCGAGCAAUCAAGGAAUCGAUGGAAGCUAUUCGUUUAGUUAUUCAACGGGCGACGGCAAACAAGCUCAAGAGACUGGGUAUUUGAAGGAUGCCUUCAUAGAUAAUACGGGCGCCCCUCAAGGAACUCACGUUAAGGAAGGUAGCUACGCCUAUAUAUCUCCUGAAGGCACGCCUAUUGAAGUUAGCUAUAUUGCCGAUGAGAAUGGAUUUAGACCUGCUGGCAUCCACAUAUCAUCUGAUGGAAGAGGUAUUUCACCGGCGCCAUUGCUUGACGGAGUAACGGGAUCAAAAAUUCACGACCCUCGCUAUAACUUAUACGAUCCCUAUAAUCGCAAUCGUAUUAAUGGACAGUACAACACAUUCAAACCAUAUGAUACCAGAUACCCUAACCAGCCACGAUAUAAUAUAUAUAACCCGUACAGACCUGCACUGAUGCACCUACGAGUUAAGGUUAAAUUCAUAAUAUUUGUAUUAGCUGCUAGCGCGGUUGCUGCGGAUGUCAGCAGCAUACAGCCAUUUUUUUAUCAACAACAGCAACAACAACAGCAGCAGUUGUACACGACUGAGCCCAUACCGAUCAUCCGACAGGAACACAUCAUCAACUCAGAUGGAUCUUAUAAAUGGAAUUAUGAAACUGGUAACGGGAUUAGCGCUGAAGAAGCAGGUUAUACGAAAAAUUUAGGUAUUCCUGAUCAAGAGGCUCAAAUUGCACAAGGACAGUAUAAAUACACAGCUCCGGAUGGCCAGGUUAUCCAACUGCAGUACGUCGCUGACGAGAAUGGUUUCCAACCCCAAGGAGCCCAUCUGCCAACACCUCCACCGAUUCCAGUUGAAAUUCAAAAGGCCCUGGAUCAUUUAGCUACUCUUCCUCCACAAAUACCUGAACAAAAUCAAUACAAACUUGUUUAAGCAAAUAUUAAAAAGAUAUUUUAUACCGCUAAAAGAGGCUCAGAUGUAGACACUAAGAAUGAAUGUUAUAAAAAUGUAAAAAAAUGACAAUUUAAUUAUUUAAUUUUACGAUUACUUUAAUAUGUAACUUAUUUAAUUUUGUUGAAAUACUCUUAAUAACGUCGAUUAAAAUA